AACAAACCAACUUUUUUUUUUUUUUUCUUUUUUCAUUAUGAUUUUUCUCUCCCUUUUUCUUUUCUUCCCUUUGAUUCUUUCGACUUACUCUCCUUGAGUCGUUGGCGUUUCACUCGUUCUUCUGUUUCUCUACUUUCCGUUUCAAUGGCGGUUCUGCAGGGUACGGGGAGGAAGAGGAAACGGAUACGGAGAACUGAAAGAAGGCUUGUGGUUGAUGAAAAAGUUGAGGUGAGGAGUUUGGAAGACGGGUUUCUGGGUUCUUGGCAUGGCGGGGUUGUUGUUGCGUGUGAUAAUGGAGUUCGUCUCGUGAAGUAUGAUCAUCUUCUUCGGGAUGAUGGUUCUGGUUUUCUUGUUGAUACUAUUUCCGUUUCGUCUAGUUUAGACGAUGUUAAUUUCUUCUGUGGGAAUGCGUAUGUUCGAGGGAAUAUACGGCCAAUACCCUCUGCACUUGAUUUUAGAAAGUGGGAUUUGCUUUAUGGAUUGUGCGUUGAUGUGAAUUACCAGGACGCUUGGUGGGAAGGUGUUAUUUUUGAUCACGAAGAUGGGUCUGAAGAGAGGAAAGUUUUAUUUCCAGAUUUGGGAGAUGAGUUGACUGUUGGAAUUGAAACAAUGCGUAUUACUCAGGAUUGGGAUGAGGUUACUGGGAAUUGGCAGAGACGUGGGACUUGGUCGUUUCUUGAGUUUAUUGACCAAUGUGAGCAAGAAUCCUAUCUUCCUGUUUCUUUGAAGCAAAUAUGGUAUGAAGUACGGGGAAAAGUAGAUUUCAUGAAGAUUAGAGAGUGGACUUCUCCCAUGAAUGACUUGUGGAAGGAGUUGGUGAUGGAGGUUAUUAAAGAAAAUGUAGAUGUUACUCUAAAGGAAAUGCUUCGGGUUUUAGAAAGUUCCUCCAGUGUAGGAUGUGAGUUAGGUGAUUCUUCAAUUGAUAUUGUUAACGUUGAUGCACUUGCAAUUACAGGGGAAUCUGAAAAAGGCAAUACAAUGAUUAGGACUGAUUUCAAUCAGGAAAAUGCAUUUGAUGCCCCUGAUUUGGUAAUGGAAGAAGUGCACACACUUGAUAGUUUGGAUGCAGAGUUGCUGGAUUGUGGCCCAAGUUCUAUUAAUUUUCAUCUAGCUCUAGGAAAAUCUCAACUGGAUGAUGAUACCAAAAUGAAAACCUCAAAUCAUCUAGAUUUAUCUUGCUACGAUGAAGCAUUAUCUAUGCUGCCUAAAGGAUCAUCAUCUAAAGCUUCUGACGCUGAGGUACUUUCUGGUGCUAGUGGUUCCAUUAGCCGUCAGCAACUUCCAAUUAUCAAGGAUAAAAAUGUAAAAAAACAGCUGAAAUGUUCUGGGCGUGGAAGUCUCUUUAAGUGGGAAACUCUUAGUGCUACAACUCCUCUUGAUGCUGUAUCGUGCCCUGAUGCUGUUACAAAAUAUUCUCUUUUGGGUAAAGAAAAGCCUACACAAGCUUUGGUUGAAAAUGUUAAAAAGCAUCUUUUGUAUCAUGGCUGGAAAAUAGAGUGCAGGAAAGAUAAGCCUACUUUUAAAUAUACCUCACCCAGUGGAAAGUGUUUCUAUUCUCUUCUCCAGGUGUGCAAGAUCUUGGAAGAACUCUCCGUUGAGACCCCCUCACCUGUUUCCAAAAAUGAAACGAGAAUCAUGCAAGGCUCAGGCAAUAUGACACUCUCAUCUCGUCUUGAGCGGGGAGAAAGGAGUUUAAGUCCCAACAAUUGCUUUCCGACUACUCUUGAUGGUUCUGGUGUCGCUUUAGGACAACCUGAACUUUUGCAUAAAGCUGUCAUAGACUACUAUAACACGAGUCAGUUAGGCAGUAGUGGAGAGAAGGGUGUGGUUAAAAUGCAAUCAGAAGCAAGGAGGCAUCUAUUAUCUUUGGGAUGGGGUAUGCUUGUCAGCCAAAAAGGCAAGGGAAACAGGCAAAGAUGGAACUACACUUCACCACUAGGAAGAACUUGUACCUCACUUUCAACAGCCUGCAAAAUCUGUUUAGAUGAAGUGGGUGUCUACAAAAGUACAGACUCUCCUGGUAGAACUAUGGAAAAUAUGUUUUUAAUACAGAAGGCCGAGGUCCAGUUAGUGAGCAAUAAAUUUUGCUCUGCACCUAGUAAUGUAUCCGUACAGGAAUGCUCGAUGCCUUCAGAUUCAAUUCGAACAUUUUUUGGAAAGUCUCCUGGAAUAUCUUCAUCCAAAAGCCUCAUGGAAUUUAGUCCUGAUAAAUUUCAAAGGUGUGAAAAACUCAGGAGCAUGACUAAUGAAUUUGAUUUUUCAUCUCACUUACCACAAAGCCAACAUAAUUUAGAUGGUAAAGCAUGUGAAUCUGGCAUCCAGACUGUAUGCAAAAAGUAUUUGAGGCGCAUAAGGACUCCUGAAGCAGUUAAGCAAAAACUGUACAGGGGAAGAGUAUCUGCAGGUAUUAAUAAAUUUUCAGAUGACAUGGAGCCUAGGAGGUCAAUUCAUGUGUCACGCUCAAGCAAAAGAGUGCAUGAGGUGGUCACGCCAGGUCCUUCACACCACAAUCCUAGAACAGUACUCUCCUGGUUGAUAGAUAACAAUAUGGUGUUGCCAAGGGAAAAAGUUUAUUACUGUAAAGGGAAGAGUCGGCAACCAAUGGCUGAAGGAAGGAUAUCUCGUAAUGGGAUCAAAUGCUGCUGCUGUAAUAAGCUAUAUACAAUCAAUGGUUUUGAAAUCCACGUUAGUGGUACUUCAUCUCGGUCAGCUGCACAUAUACUGCUGGAAGAUGGAAAAUCCUUGUUAGACUGCCAGAUACUUUGGAAUAAAAAGACCAGGAGCUUUAAAAACCAAGCUUCUACUUGUGGAAAAGGUGACUAUUCUAAAGAUGAAAAUGACUAUAUCUGUUCAAUUUGUCACUUUGGAGGCACAUUAAUUUUAUGCGAUCAGUGUCCAUCAUCGUUUCACCAAAGCUGCCUUGGUUUAAAGGAUGUUCCAGAAGGUGAUUGGUUUUGUCCAUCAUGUUGUUGUGGCAUUUGUGGCCAGAACAAAUUGAGUGAACACGCCAAUAUUGUUGAUGGCCCUUUCCUCACUUGUUAUCAGUGUGAAUGUAAAUAUCACGUUCAAUGCCUACGGGGGACCAAAAAAUUUGGAAGCUGUUCUAAACCUCAUUGGUUUUGUAACAAACAUUGUAAACAGAUAUACUGGGGUCUUCAAAAGCUAUUGGGAAAAUCAAUUCCAGUGGGUGGUGACAAUCUAACCUGGUCACUUCUGAAGUCCCCAUCUUCUGAUACUAAUUAUUUCAAUCCUCCUCACCUCGAGACCUUAACAGAAAAUCAGAGCAAGCUCAAUGUUGCUCUCCGUGUGAUGCAUGAAUGUUUUGAACCUGUUAGGGAACAACACACAAGGAGAGACAUUGUAGAGGAUGUCAUUUUUAGUAGAAGGUCAGAGCUUAAGCGGUUGAACUUUCAAGGCUUCUAUACCGUGCUUUUAGAAAGAAAUGAAGAAUUAAUUGCUGUCGCUGCUAUAAGGGUCUAUGGAGAGAAGGUGGCAGAAGUACCACUUGUUGGCACUCGUUUUCAGUAUCGCCGACUUGGCAUGUGUCACAUUUUGAUGAAUGAGCUUGAAGAGAGGCUGAGAGGACUGGGAGUUCAGAGGCUGGUCUUGCCAGCUGUUCCAAGCGUGCUCAAGGCAUGGACUACUUCAUUUGGAUUUUCAAAGAUGACUGAUUCCGAGAGAUCAGAGUUUCUUAAUUAUACUUUCCUGAAUUUCCAGGAAACUGUAAUGUGCCAGAAAUUCUUGCUGAAGAAUACAGUUGUGCCUAGCUCAUUAUCAGGGAAGUCUGAGCUUCAUGAUGCUGUCAACAAAAAUAGCAAUAGCUCUGAUAAUAUUUGCGGAUCCAGUGUGAUAACCAAACUUAAUCCAACAGCACAUACUGAGAACAGUAUUUUGAAAGAACAAGAAAUCGCAGCGACUAACAACAGCCCCAGUUUGGUGAUUAACUUGGGUAAUCUAAAGAACCAUCUUCAAAACAAUUCAACAAGCCACAUUGAACAACUUCCCACUUGCUCAGCCGGAGACUUCAAACGUCUCCAAGAGAAUACUCAUGAUUAUUUGAAGUAUUACAGGCGAAGAAAAAAGUUGAUCAGUUGUUGAUUGAGACUCCAUUAUGUUAUAUAUUGAGCACGACCACGACAAUCGCCCACGUGCAUAACCCGCAUCCUAGAAUUAUUUUGCGGUUUGGAAUUUUUGUGAAACAAUAUAAACCCAUUGUGGUUUGGAAGUAUUUUUUUGUGGUUUGCGGUUUAGAGAGCUUAGUGUUUGUGUUCUCUUGUACAGAAUAACUGCAGGAGGGAAUUAGGGAAGCUCAUUUUGGAUAGUUAAAGCCUUGUAGACAUAGGGUGUUGAAAAUAUUGACAUGAAUUAUUAGAAUUUUGAUGGGGCUGAUAUAUAAAUGGUAUAUAAACCAUAUGGAAAAACAGAUAUUUUUGAAAUUUUGUUUAUAAAACGUCUGUAGUGAAGUUUUUAAUUCA